AUGAUCAUCCCAACUCCUCAAACACGACUAGAGGUAAACCAAGCCCUCAAAAUCCAAGGUUUGAAGCGCACUGGAGAUGAGAAGAAUCUCGUCGGUUGGGAUGCCAUGAACCCGCGUCAUCCACGGAAUUGGAGCAGUUCGAGGAAGGCGUAUGAUGCUAGUAUUAUCAUCUUCUUGGAAUUUUAUACGACUGCAGUGAGCACGUCAGGGGCCACAGCUGCCAGAAAUGCACAGCACCACUUUGGAAUUGGCGAGACCCUGUCUGUGUUUAUAUACAUCUCGACAUAUCUUCUCGCUCAAGGCAUUGGCAGCAUAGUAUUACCUCCUUACUCGGAAUGCUACGGUCGAAAAAAGCUGUAUGUGGGCAGCACUGCAUUGUACAGUAUAUUCUGCGUGUUGAUUUCGGCAGCGGAGUUACCUGCUGCAGGCGCCAUAGGGCGCCUCAUCACAGGCUUUUUGUCCGCGGUCCCGAGCGCUGUCAUAAAUGGCAGUAUGCAAGAUAUGUUUGACACUAAGGAGAUGAUAUGGCUUACGCUGCCGUAUAUGGCCAUGGCGAAUUUGGGCAUUGCAGUGGGGCCGGUGAUGAGUGCAUAUAUCACUGCUGUUUGGGGGUGGAAAUGGGUUUUCUAUGUGGCCGCCGUAGUCACCGGAAUCCUAACCAUACUGCUACUCGCGAUUCGUGAAUCCCGCCCAACUGUCCUCCUGACACAGGAGGUUCGACACCUGCGGCGCAUUACUGGCGACCAUUCUCUCCAAGCAUUGAACCCAGACAAGGUUCUAGACCUCCGGUCGUUCGCGCGCCAAUUCGCCUUCCGACCAGUCCAGCUCCUCUUCACAGAGCCCAUCGUCGCAGCAGUCUCAAUCGUUUGCGGCAUCUCCACUGGACUCAUCUACCUGUUCACAGACAUCCUGCCCGGGGUUUAUGAAUCAUUCGGCCUCACAACCACUCAAGCUAGUCUCCCCUUCCUAGCCCUCGGCUUCGGGUUCCUUCCAAACUUCGGUACCCGCUUCCUGGAGUACCGCAAAACAGCACGCCGGCGCCAGCGUGGCGAACGCGUUAUUCCCGAGCACAAACUAACCGGGUACAUCAUUGCUGCACCGGUGCUAAUGAUUGCACUGUGGUGGUUUGCAUGGACGAUCCCGCCCGCCGUGCAUGUGCAUUAUUCUGCGUCUGUGGUGCCGCUGUUCCUGACCGGGUUCGCGAUCAACGAGUUCGGCAUCGUGCUGGUCGGAUAUAUGUCGGACAGCUAUCGGUCGUACUCGGCUAGUGGAUUUGCGGCGCUGGGACUUGUGCGCUGUAUGUUGGCGGCUUCAUUUCCGUUGUUUUCUGGGCGGAUGUUUAGUGGGCUGGGGCCGAAUAAAGCCAUGUGUGUUCUGGCUAGUCUGGCUACUGGAUUUUGCUUCCUGUCGCCUGUACUGAGGAUAUACGGGGAACGUCUGAGGAAGUCGAGUAAGUUUGCUGCGCACUGUGUGGAUGUUGACGCGGAGAAUACAUGCGAGCAGACUUGA